CGGCGUUUAAAGUCGUGUGUAUUUUACAUCUCUUUCACAUAAGAUGAGUCUUUGGAGACAAUCACGAGCAUUCUCGACGAAAUGUCCUUUAUUAGCCCCCAAAAAGUUUGUUGUUAUUGCCAAGGAUUUUAGCGACCCCGAGUGUUUACAGCGUCGGCUUGAAGUACGUAGCAAGCAUCUUGAUGGUGCUACUGAAUUGAAAAAGAGAGGUACAAUUAUCACAGGAGGAGCUAUUUUGGAUUCACAUGAGGUAAUGACACAAACAAUGGUUGUAACAACAAUUUAAUAUGUAUAAAAAAGACGGGUAAAAUGAAAGGAAGU